AUGUUCAACGCUCGCCAGAUCCUCCGCUCGGCGCCGCGCUUCGCCCGCCAGGCGGCUCGCGCCCCCGCCCAGCGCCGCCUCAUGAGCUCCCCGGCCACCGCCAGCUCCGGCACCGAGAACGCCUUCAUCCGCGAGCGCAAGGCCGUCAAGGACCACGCCGCCGGCACCACUGCUUUGUGGAAGAAGAUCUCGAUCUACGGCACCAUCCCCGCCCUCAUCGCCGCCUCCAUCAACGCCUACUACCUGUGGAACGAGCACUGGGAGCACUGGAGCCACAUGCCCCCCCUGGAGGAGCGCGUCGAGUACCCCUACCAGAACAUCCGCACCAAGAACUACCAGUGGGGCGACGGCGACAAGACCCUGUUCUGGAACGACAAGGUCAACUACCACAACAAGGACAAGACCACCUAA